AGGUGGGGGCUGUGGGUGAAUGAGAGAGUGAACGGAGGCGGGCGCGGCGGCGCGAGCCUCAUGAAUGAGAGGAACGUGCUCCGCGAGAGACGCCGCGCGCGCCCGGGCUGGGGAGCCAAUGGAAACGCCGGGAGGACUCGAGCCCUGGCACUGAGGGUUGCGGCCGCGCGCCUGCACGAAGGCGAGUGUCGCGCGCGGGAACGCUCAGGAGCGGGGCGGGCGUGGAGCGUGCGGGGGCCGCGCGCUGCCUCUUCUCUUAGCGGCCGGACGGCACUGCCGGGAAGCGGCGGUGACAACGAAGGCGGCGGUGACGGGCGCCGCGCCGCGGGUAAGGCACCGUAACCCCGCACAGCUCUGCAUCUGCGAAGAGGAAGAUCAGAGACACCGAGAAACCUGGAGACUGGGACAUCUUUGGAGCUCGACCUUUACCCACAGUGCCCUGUUACAAUCUCAUCAAGUGGGAGCUGUUCCUCAUCUGUCUGCUCACUGGGCAGAGCAUGGCUUCACGGAUUUUAAGUUUCCCUUUAGUUUUGCGUGAACUCUGUGGGAAACAGAGCCCUUGAAAGGAUCAGGAAUAGCAGGAAGAGUCUGAAGACGGCUGGGCUCACUGUUUGUCCUCCCCCUUCAAAGAAAAGGAUUUACAACUCAGCCCUGGAACAGCUGUUGUCUAGCAUUGGCCAUCAGGAGAGAAAUAAAUAAAAUUAAGGCCCUGUUGCCAGACGGCAGCCCUGGUAAAGUCAAGGUGUGGGAGCAGCGGCCACAGGAAGCCUGCCCAGCCGAGACAAGGGCUGAAGUCAAACGAGUUCCUCCUGAACGCCUUGGGUGCCCUGGCUUCGCCUUGAGUUUCAAGGUGGGCGCAGCUGUAGGUGCCCUGGCUGAGGAGUUCCCACUGGGUCUGCUGUAGAUUGUGUGCGGAGCUGACACCCUUUUCUCCUGAAGCCCAGCCUUGUCCAUGCACUGGUCCUUGUGUACUUGACCUUCCAUCUCGGCCACCUGUGCCUCGCUGCGUGAACACAGCCUGCAUUCCCAGCCUGAGCUUCCGACCACCUGGAUCUGACCUGCCCCUCAGCCUUACUCCUGGGAACCACGCAGCUCUGCAGCCGCCUUUGCCCUCCCGUGCGUGUGUGUACUUUCCCCGCUCCGGGACCUCGGACCGCAGUGUUCCCGGGAGGGGAGGGUGCUACUUUGGUGUCUCCGGGCUUUCUGGGUUGGCGCCCUCUCUGCCACCCCGUGCCCUGUUUCCUGUCUGUCCUGCCGCCGCGCGUGCCUGGGCUAUGCGGCAGGGCAGCUCUCCCUUCACAGCUCCACCAUGCCCUCAGAGUCUGGAAAGAGGUUCAAACCCAGCAAGUACGUCCCAGUCUCCGCAGCUGCCGUCUUCUUAGUGGGCGCCACCACUCUCUUCUUCGCCUUUACGUGUCCAGGACUGAGCCUGUAUGUGUCACCUGCAGUGCCCAUCUACAAUGCCAUCAUGUUUCUCUUUGUGCUGGCCAACUUCAGCAUGGCUACCUUCAUGGACCCAGGGAUCUUCCCUCGAGCGGAGGAGGAUGAGGACAAAGAGGAUGACUUCCGAGCUCCCCUGUACAAAACAGUGGAGAUCAAGGGCAUCCAGGUGCGCAUGAAGUGGUGCGCCACCUGUCGUUUCUACCGGCCGCCGCGCUGCUCCCACUGCAGCGUCUGUGACAACUGUGUGGAGGAGUUCGACCACCACUGCCCCUGGGUGAAUAACUGCAUCGGACGCCGGAACUACCGCUACUUCUUCCUCUUCCUCCUCUCCCUGACGGCCCACAUCAUGGGCGUGUUUGGCUUUGGCCUCCUGUAUGUCCUCUACCACUUGGAAGAGCUCUCAGGCGUCCGCACGGCUGUCACUAUGGCAGUAAUGUGUGUGGCAGGCUUGUUCUUCAUCCCCGUCGCGGGCCUCACGGGAUUUCACGUGGUGCUGGUGGCCAGGGGACGCACAACCAAUGAGCAGGUUACGGGUAAAUUCCGGGGCGGUGUGAACCCCUUUACCAAUGGCUGCUGUAACAAUGUCAGCCGUGUGCUCUGCAGCUCGCCAGCGCCUCGGUAUUUGGGGAGACCAAAGAAGGAGAAGACGAUUGUCAUCAGACCUCCUUUCCUUCGGCCAGAAGUGUCGGAUGGGCAGAUCACGGUGAAGAUCAUGGAUAAUGGCAUCCAAGGGGAGCUGAGGAGGACGAAGUCCAAGGGCAGCCUGGAGAUCACAGAAAGCCAGUCAGCAGAUGCAGAGCCGCCGCCGCCACCCAAACCAGACCUGAGCCGCUACACAGGGCUGCGCACGCACCUCAGCCUGGCCCCGCAUGAGGACAGCAGCCUGUUGGGUAAGGACAGCCCACCGACGCCCACCAUGUACAAGUACCGGCCGGGUUACAGCAGCAGCAGCGCAUCGGCUGCCAUGCCGCACUCCUCCAGCGCCAAGCUGAGCCGUGGGGACAGCCUGAGGGAGCCCACCUCCAUCGCGGAGAGCAGCCGCCAUCCCAGCUACCGCUCGGAGCCCAGCCUGGAGCCUGAGAGCUUCCGGUCCCCGACCUUUGGCAAGAGCUUUCACUUCGACCCUCUCUCCAGUGGUUCCCGUUCCUCCAGCCUCAAGUCAGCCCAGGGCACAGGCUUUGAGCUGGGUCAGCUGCAGUCCAUCCGCUCUGAGGGCACCACCUCCACGUCCUACAAGAGCCUGGCCAACCAGACACGUAACGGCAGCCUGUCCUACGACAGCCUCCUCACGCCGUCGGACAGCCCCGAUUUUGAGUCAGUACAGGCUGGGCCAGAGCCCGAGCCACCGCUGGGUUACACCUCACCCUUCCUGUCUGCGCGCCUGGCCCAGCAGCGUGAGGCUGAGCGGCACCCGCGCCUGGCGCCCACUGGCCCACCCCGUGAGCCAUCCCCCGUCCGAUACGACAAUCUGUCGCGCCACAUUGUGGCCUCGCUGCAGGAACGGGAGAAGCUGCUGCGCCAGUCACCACCACUGCCGGGCCCAGGCCGUGAGGAGGCCGCUGGUGUGGGGGAUUCUGGUGCACAGCCAACGCCGGGCUCCGGGCAUGUGCCACGUACCGGUGUCACCCCUGAUGAGGCCAAGCACUCACCGCUGGCCAAGACUCCAUUGGGCCGCCCCACUGCGCCCCGCUUCGGGAAGCCCGAGGGGCACCGGGGCCGUGGCUUAGGGUCUCCUGAUCCGGGUCCAGCCGCCCCAUUCCUGGGCAGGUCCACUACUUACAGCAGCCAAAAAGCUCCAGCCGGCGUCUCGGAGGCGGAGGAGGUGGCUCUGCAGCCCCUACUGACCCCCAAAGACGAAGUGCAGCUAAAGAGCGCCUACAGCAAAUCCAAUGGGCAGCCGAAGAGCAUGGGCCCGGCCUCACCCGGCCCAGGGCAGGCACCACUCAGCAGCCCCACUCGGGGCGGUGUGAAGAAGGUGUCUGGGGUGGGCGGCACCACCUACGAGAUCUCUGUGUGAGCCGCGCCACACCUGCUCGCCUGCCUACACCAAAGGGCCCUGCCGCCUCUCUGCGGGCGCCCUCGCCCAUGUGCAGUGAAACCUCGGAGGGCGGACGGGCGGAUGGACACAUGGAGGGCCGCCCCCACCAGCCUCAGUGGACUUGUGCAAUGCUCGCUCUGGAGGGAACCAGAUCAUUUUUAAACCAGAAAUUUUUUUUAUUAUUGUUACGGAUUCUAUUUUUUUCCUCUUCUGCGUUACCAGGUGUGUGUGUACAUAUAUAUAUAUAUUAUAUAUAUUAUAAAUAUCAAAGAAAUUAUAUAUCUAUCCUGGGCUGGGAAGAUGGGGAGGGCUCUGUACGUCGGGGUGGCACUCUGCCCUCUCCUCAGCCGGCAGGAAGACAGUUGCCUUCUUUCUUGCCGAGGCUCCCUGCCCCCGUCACCACCUAGGAACCAACAUCCUCAGUGGGUGCCGUGACAGGCAGGAGCAGGGCCUGGGCCUGGCAAGCGUAGGUGAGGUGGGACGAGGGGCUUCUGGGCCCCCCUGGGAAGGGCCACAGCUCUGGACACACGGCUGGCAGGGUGCGGGGUCCGGUCUGCCCCUUCUGGGGAGAGCAGGGGCUCAUGAGCCCCUCCAAAAGCUCUCCAGCUUACAUGGUUAAUGUAAUUUUAAAUCAAAGGACAGGAGUAAAGAAUCCAAAAAGCAAUAUUUUUAAUCACAUGCCAAAAACUGGGGAUGAGAGAAGGAGUGGCAGGCCCAGGCCCUUCCGUCUUCCCCGGGGGGUUUGCCCCUCGGUCCAGCCCAGAUGUGCUGGGUAGAGAGGAUGCUGGGUUCUGACUCUACGAGGGAAGGCCCAGCCUCCGCACAGAGGCCCAUUUAUUUUUUAUUCUGAUUAGCCAUUUUAAACCAAUGAGGAAUAAAGAAAUCCUGCUCUCA